AUGUUGAAUAUCUGUUUGGUGUGUUUAAUAAUUAUAAUCGAAAUAAACAGAGUCACGCCGAAAAAGCACCAUAAAGACCACCACCACGACGACCAUCAUCAUCAAGAUUAUUUCUGGGACGAUUAUCCGAGCUACUCAAGAGAAGAAUACAGGCAACAGCCAGUAAGAGGUAGUUAUAGACAACAAUUACCAACAAGAAAUGGCUAUAGACAACAAUUUCAAAUGGGAAAUGGUUACAGACAACAAUUCCCAACAGGAAACUAUUACACACAACAAUUUCCAACAGAUGAUGAGGGUAUUUGUGGAUUAACACCUGUAGUCAAUAAGCUGAUAGUGAACGGACAAGACCUUGAAGAAGGCACGUUUCCAUGGUUAGCAGCUAUAUUUUCGGUGAAAACCGACGGACCUAGCUUCAUCUGCGGAGGGACGUUGAUCACUUUAAAGCACAUAGUAACAGCGGCUCAUUGCGUUAGAUACAGCAACAAGCAAACGGCCAAUCCGAAGGACCUGCUGGUGGUGCUGGGAAAAUGCGACCUGUCCGGCAUGGGGGCGGCAGACAUGCUGAAAGUUGCCAGCAUUCAACCACACAACGACUACAAAUUUCUAUCAGCCGACGGGGACAUAGCCGUGAUAGAACUACAGAACGACUUGGUGUUGAACAAAUCGAUCAAACCGGCGUGUUUGUGGUCCGGCGACGACAGCAUCGAAGCUGUAGUCGGAGAGGUAGGAGUGGUGGCGGGUUGGGGCAAGACCGAGAAAGGGGUGCUGUCUUUGAGCCAACCGAAAUUCGCGAAAAUGCCGAUAGUGUCGCAGGAGCAGUGCCUGAGGAGCCAUCCGCAAUUCGCGGCGGUCACCUCGAGCAGGACGCUGUGCGCGGGAAACAACGACGGAUCGGGACCCUGCAACGGGGACAGCGGCGGCGGAUUGAUGAUCAGAAGAAACGGGCAGUGGGCGCUGAGGGGAUUGGUGUCGCUGUCCUUGGCUUCGGGCGUACCAGUGUUAGGGUGUGAUUUGAGUUUGUACGUUGUUUUUACCGACGUUAGUAAGUACUCGGAUUGGCUGUACUCCGUUAUAAAAUGA